GUAGUGAUCCUGGAAGCAUCCGACGUGGAGGAAUUGUGAUCAGACGGGGGAGAGAGAGAGAGAAUAAGGGAAGUUCUCUUCUUCUCUUCUACUCUUCUUCUCUUCUUCCACCGUUGACAGAAAUGAAGAUGGCGCUGCUCAAGGCACCCACACCCCAACUGCAAUGGCGCUGUAGUGUUGCGCCCACCACGCUGGCGUUUCCCAAUUCUCAUUCCAUUUCUACGGGAAGGGGAAAAGGAAGAGAGUGGAGUUGGAGGGUGAAAUGCAGCAGCAGUGCCGGUGCGGAGAUUGAGAAAGGGACUGCCAAUUUUGGGUCGGGGAGCCCAGUGAGGCCAACCAGCAUUUUAGUGGUGGGGGGCACCGGAACACUUGGAAGGCAGAUUGUGCGACGGGCACUCGACGAAGGCUACGACGUUAGGUGUCUGGUCAGGCCCAGGCCCGCUCCUGCCGACUUCCUUCGCGAUUGGGGAGCAACCGUUGUCAAUGCUGACCUCAGUAAACCAGAGACCAUUCCUGCUACCUUGGUCGGCAUACACACCGUCAUUGACUGCGCCACUGGCCGUCCCGAGGAGCCUAUCAAAACCGUAGACUGGGAAGGAAAAGUGGCUCUCAUACAAUGUGCCAAGGCAAUGGGCAUUCAGAAAUAUGUCUUCUACUCCAUCCACAAUUGUGACAAACAUCCCGAGGUUCCCCUCAUGGAAAUCAAGUAUUGCACUGAGAAGUUCCUCCGUGAUUCUGGCCUCGAUCACAUCGUCAUCCGCUUAUGCGGUUUCAUGCAGGGUCUUAUUGGUCAGUACGCAGUUCCCAUCCUUGAAGAAAAAUCUGUUUGGGGAACUGAUGCCCCCACCAGAAUAGCUUACAUGGAUACUCAGGAUAUAGCUCGCUUGACAUUUAUAGCCAUACGAAAUGAGAAAUUAAUUGGUAAACUUCUUACAUUCGCUGGUCCCCGUGCUUGGACAACCCAAGAGGUAAUAACCUUGUGCGAGAGGCUCGCUGGCCAAGAUGCUAAUGUCACCACAGUUCCAGUCUCCAUUUUAAGAUUCACUCGUCAGUUGACUCGCGUUUUUGAGUGGACAAAUGAUGUUGCUGACAGACUCGCAUUUUCAGAGGUCCUUAGCAGCGAUACUGUGUUUUCUGUUCCAAUGGCGGAUACAUAUAAUCUUCUUGGAGUUGAUUCAAAAGACAUAAUUACACUGGAAAAGUAUUUGCAAGACUACUUCAGUAACAUAUUAAAGAAAUUGAAGGAUCUCAAGGCUCAGUCAAAGCAAACAGAUAUUUACUUCUGAAAGAUUAUUUGUAACAUAAAACCACUUAAGGGAUGUAGAUAUCUAGAAGUCUCGUUUAUAUAUAUUAAUUUUUUUUCUUCCGGUUGGUGUACCUAAGAAAGCUGAGGAUGUACAAUAAAAUUCAGACAUAUUAUAUGUUUACAUAAGUUAAAUUA